AGUGUGUGUAUCAGCAUUAAAGAAAAAAAAAAAUAUUUACACAAAAAAAAAAAGGAAAAAAUCGUUAAAAAGUUGAAACGAACUACUACACGUAGAAGCCAUUUUCAUAACCAAGAAUCAAGAAGCGAGAACCGAGAACCGAAAACCAUUUAUUGACCAGACAGCUUAGGCCAGAGGAGGAUCACAACCAGCAGCCGGGCACAGACAGACAGACAGACAUUCACACAGGAUCUCCGGCAGGGUGAAAGGUUGGUAGCUGGAGAGCAUUGUCUUGUCCAUGCGAAGCACGUCCUUGAGCUGCAGCUUACGAGUGUGGCAUGAGGAGAGCUGCGCCGAUCCCUGAACAACCUUUUCCCGAAACAGCCACAGAAGCGAAUCGAUUGUCUUCUUUGAGCAUGACGGAACCGGAAGUGCCCACUGUGCCCGAACUGGACAACCCACCGAACUUGGCCCAUUGCUCCGCCACACUAAGCGCAGCAGGUCUUGAUCCAGCUCAGGAUGCAGAGGUUCAACCAGAACUGGAGCCAAAACCAACCUUAGAACAAGGAGCUGAGCCCUGUCCAGAACUAGCAGCUGAAACAGAACCGCUAGAAGAAACCCCAUCUGAGGCACUAUUGGAAGACCCGCCACUAGAACCACCACUAAUAUCAAUUCAAAUGGUGGUUCAGUUGGAACUGGCAUUAGAAACACUGCCAAGAUCACCAGCAGAAUUUCUGCAAGAACCACCAUUUGAACCACCACUUGAAGCGCCACUAGAAUCACCAUUAGAAUUACCUGUACAAUCACCACUAGGAUCACCACUAGAAUCUCCAAUAGAUUCACCAAUAGAAUCAACAAUAGAAUCAACAAUAGAAUCACUAAUAGAAUCACCACCAGGAUCACCAGUAGAAUCACCACCAGGAUCACCAGUAGAAUCACCACUAGAAACAACACUAGAAUCACCAAUAGAAUCAAUAAUAGAAUCAAUAAUAGAAUCGCCAAUAGAGUCUACACUAGAAUCACCACUCAAAUCACAACUAGAAUCCCCACUAGAAUCACCACUUAAAUCACAACUAGAAUCAUCACUACAAUCACCACUACAAUCAUCACUGGAAGCAUCAGCACAGUUACCAGAGACGCUUAGCAGCCCCAGUCCCAAGAGCCCUGCCCAGAAUGAGUCAGGUCAGAUGUCACCAUACGCACCCGUUUUCCAUCCAAAGCGCUCCCAUGAAGCCAAAAGGCGCGAGAGCGGAGGACCGCAGAGCGCAGAACAACAGCAGGAGUGGCACUUCUUCGACUUGGGUUUCGAGAUCGGAACUGGACCAUACAUCGGACCCGGAGGAGACAUACCGCGACGCUUUCAACUAUUGAAUAAAGCCCAUCGAGAGCGCAACUGCAACAGCUUUGGCCUGGGCAUGGAUUUGGAGUGCGGCGAUCCGCGACGGUUGACGCCGCCACCAAAACCACUGGCGGAGCGACCUACUCCGUGGGUGGCCUACUUCAGACCGAAUGUGGUGAAUGAGCGCCAAGCUCAAUUGUCAGAGGCGGCGGGGACUAGCAGAAACGGCGGUCGCAAUUGGACUUUAGGAGGCACAGAGACGAGGACGAACCCAUUGGUGGUCAAACCGGAGCACGAAAACGGCCCGACGUUCCCGCCGUACGAGGAUUUUGCCAGGCAACUUGGUGAGUUCGGCUUGCCGGCCGACGAGUAUAUGGGCACACUGCGCAACCUGCUGAUACGCGCCAACGAUCUGAUGAAGCCGCUGGUCCAAGGCCCCUUUGAGCACAUGUCGCCCGCCCAGAUGGCCGAGUACACCACCGCCAUUUUGGCGACACCGCCGCUGCACCCAAGCCUCUUCCUGCCGGCGAAUACGCCACGUCCCUGGUCGAUCGCCACUGAACUCGGCCUGCCCUUCGACAGCCAUCCGCACAGCCUAACGCCCGAGGAUCGGGCCCGCAUCCAGGCGAUUCCCAAGCUGGUGGAUGCGACCACCCAAACGGAUUUCUGUCCCAGCCUACCGGCCAGCUACUACACGGGGCCACAGCUUCUGUUCGAGAUGCCUCUCCACGAACCCCGGUCACCAAACGGAGGUAACGCUGGACCAAGGGUGCCGCAACCAUAUCCACCCGGACCACCGACUGGACCAACUCCGCAACAGUACGGCUACUGGAACAGGAACAUGGCAAUGCCAAAGCGCCCACGUCAUAUGUCGCAUCCCCAUGCGCCGCCGCCACAGCAUCAAAUGCCCCCCCAUCCACAACAUCUUCGUGCCGCAUUCCAGCAACCUUGUCAUUCGCAUCAGAGAAUGCAUCCGAGAAUGCAGUCGGGAAUGCAAUUGGAAAUGCACCCGGGUCAUCCGAUGGCGCAGAAGCUGGGCGGAGCACUGCGCUACCCGGAGGAGGGUCGCUUCGGCAACCAAGUGGGCAACUUCGGUGCGGACAAGCAGUGCCGCUACGGAGCCAUCGGUAGCGGACGUCCCAGCCAAAACAAGGGCCGGAACGCUGACAACUCUCCGAACGGGAGCUACGGCAACCGAGGUUAUCUUACCGCCGUAAGGCCCACUGGUAAUCCCACUGGACCGUCCAGUUCUGGCGGAAAUCCAGCCCAACCUGGUGCGCUGGACAUACAGCUGCGGCUCAACGAGGAGGGAGUCUAUACCGCCAGGAAGGAGAACGCCAUCAGCCCUUUGCGGACCGAAGGCGGUGAGAAUGAUCCCCAAGGCAGCGAGGAGAGCAGCUACGUCGAUGAGGAGGAUUCCGGCGAGGAUGACGACAACGGUGACGAAGAGGAGGAAGACGAGGGGGAUGAGGAGGAGCAGGAGGAGGAGGAGGAGGAUGAGGUGGAGCUGGAGGUUGUGGUGGAGGUUGAGGUGGAGGUUGAGGAGGAGGAGGAGAGGCAGGAGGAUGAAGAGCAGGCCGCAAUAACCAUUGAGGCAAUAGAAGCACCUGCCGUCGCAGGUAGCAUAGUGCAGGAUCAGCAGUUGGCCGCUCCCGAGCCCUUCCUCUUCCAAGGGGUGGAGCUCUUAAACUACAUCAUAUCGGAGACCCCCAUUGUGCCCAAUUGCUAUCAGCCCAUCGGCUAUGGUGCCACAUGCCAGGAGCACGGUGGGCCGCAGACGCCGCGCGGCAAUGUGCCCUGCGCCCAGGUGCAGCCGCUUGUGAUGCCGCCCACCCAUUUCCCAAGCUUUGCCCAGGCUGCUCGAGAUCACCCUUCGCAGGCGUCCGUGCAUCCUCCCAUGCAUCCUCCCAUGCAUCCUCCCAUGCAUCCCCCCAUGCCUUCUCCCAUGCCCGCUGGUGUGCCCCCUUUUGGCAUUGGCAUUGGCAUUGGCGUUGGCCUCCAGGGCCAAGCCGAUUACCAGCUGAUGGAGCCCGAGCACCACUACAAUGGCAACCACUUUAACUACCGCCACCACCGACCCAAUCCCGACUUCAAUCCGGCCAUUUUGAGCUACGAGCCGGGUCCCAGUGGGCUCUACAUGAUAACACGACCACAAGCACCACCUCCACCACCACCGCCACCACCAGCACCAGGCGUUUUUCUGCAGCCGACCAUGUACCAAUUGCGAAAGGAGCGGGCCAGGGCACAGCCGAUCAUGUUCGAGACGGAUGGCCAUCGCAGCCACAGCGCCGGCCCUGGACCUCCGCUGAUGAUGCACAACGUGGGUGGCCGAGAACACAUGCAUGGUCAUGGUCGUGGUCACGGUCCGAGUUUCAGUCGGGGACCCCAUGGCCCGCCCGGCCACCACAUGAUCCACCCACAGCAUCCCCAGGGCAUGCCCUUCAAUGGCCAGAAUAUGAGGCCCUCGCAUAUGCACGGCGGUCAUGUCAACCAAAUGGGCAGAGGAGGCAUGGACAUGGGCAGGGGCUUGGGCGUGGGCGUGGGCGUGGGCGUGGGCGUGGGAAUGCUGCCCCUGCCUGUCCACAUGCUCAGCACUAACCGAAUGCCGCAAUCCAACAUGCAACAGGGUAUGCCGCAGCCUAAUAGGCAGCAUGGUAUGCCACAAGGAAUACAACAGGGUAUGCCACAAAGUAUGCAGCAGGGUAUGCCACAAAGUAUGCAGCAGGGUAUGCCACAAGGAAUGUUGCAGGGUAUGCCACAAAGUAUGCAGCAGGGUAUGCCACAAGGAAUGUUGCAGGGUAUGCCACAAAGUAUGCAGCAGGGUAUGCCACAAGCCAUGCUGCCACAGGGUAUGUCACACGAAAUGCAUCAUGAUAUGCUACAGAGUAUGCUACAGAGUAUGCAACAGGAUAUGCCACAAGGAAUGCAACAGGGUAUGCCACAAAGAAUGCAACAGGGUAUGCCACAAAGUAUGCAACAGGGUAUGCCACAAGGAAUGUUGCAGGGUAUGCCACACGGAAUGCAGCAGGGUAUGCCACAAGGAAUGCUACCACAGGGUAUGCCACAAAGAGUGCCACAGGGUGUGUCACACGAAAUGCAACAUGGUAUACUACAGAGUAUGCUACAGAGUAUGCAACAGGGUGUCCCACAAAGUAUGCAACAGGGUAUGCCACAAGGAAUGCAACAGGGUAUGCCACAAGGAAUGCAACAGGGUAUGCCACAAGGAAUGCAACAGGGUAUGCCACAAGGAAUGCAACAGGGUAUGCCACAAGGAAUGCAACAGGGUAUGCCACAAGGAAUGCAACAGGGUAUGCCACAAGGAAUGCAACAGGGUAUGCCACAACGAAUGCAACAGGGUAUGCCACAACGAAUGCAACAGGGUAUGCCACAAGGAAUGCAACAGGGUGUGUCAAGGGGCAUGCUGCAGAGUAUGCAACACGGAAUGCCACAGGGUAUGCCUCAGACUAUGAACCAGGGUAUAUCCCAGUCUAAUAUGCAGCAGGGAAGGCCCAUGAAUGUCCCACCAGUCCAGUCCAGUCGCGGCAUGAGUCCUUGCGUCAAUCUGAAUGCGAGGCAAAACUACCCGAAUCUGAAUAACAAUAAUGGCAAUAACAAUAAUACGGAGCUGAUCCAUAUGCCACUGUCACACAUAGAAGAAGGGAGCAACGUGGCCAGCAGAAUGACAACUGAAAUGUCGAUCGGUGUUGAUCCCAAUCCCAAUCUUAAUCUUAAUUUCAGUAUGUCGUGGUCGAACAAGUCGUUUGGCAUGAUCACACUUGCUCCCGGAUCGCCGAACGUGACAAGUCAACCAGUAAACACCCAACCGCUUGGAGACGGUGGUCCUGUCCCAGGAGCGGCAAACGGCGAACAGAUCAGCCAGCCGUCUUACGCCUCCCUUCUGCAGUAA